GGCCAGGUGUCUCGCGCUCACUUUGCACACGUCACGCAUACAGGGACAGCGGUUGCGUCCAGGUUUUUAAAUGACGGAGCGAAGAAUGGAUGAACUUCACAGCAACACAACCUGUUUUGCCUCAGAGAUAAUUUGUUCACCGAACCGGAACACAGCGGCAAGGACACGGCUUCGUCUUCCACGUGAGGACAAGUUGGAGGUAGCCCAGGAGGGAGCAGUGGCUCCGGUGCCAGUGCUUCCGCAUGUGCAGGAAAAAAUAUUCUCCGCCCACAAUGGAGUGAAGAUGUACUGUCCCUAAACGUCAUCAUGGAAACUACAGGAAGUUGGUCUCUGCUACUUUUCUCACUUCUGUCUUGCAUGCUUCAUCUUAAUCCCUUACUGGCUUUCUCACUGAAAAACUGCACUAUUGCCUAUCCUGAAAAUGCAAAUAACAUGUUGGUUACAUGCAAUGAUCAUUACCUCACUGCUAUUCCAGAUGACAUUCCCAAAAAUGCCACAAGUUUAAAUCUUGCCUCAAAUCAAAUUGCAAAGAUCACGGUGACAGAUUUAAGAGGUUUAUCAAAGGUCCGAGUUGUAGAAGUUCAAUUUAAUUUGAUUUCACACAUUGACGACGGAGCUUUCACAGACUUGACUGAGUUAAAGGUUCUCAUCAUGGAUGAAAAUAAACUCAGGAACCUGACAGAUGACGUGUUUCAGGGACUGUCUAAAUUAGUAACACUAUCUCUGUAUGGCAACCAUAUCUCUUACAUCUCCCCUGUGGCCUUCCAGUCCCUGGUCAACAUUGAGACAGUAAUACUGGGCGCUAACCAACUAGAUAAAAUCACAGAUAUCGCUCCACUUUUAAAAAUACCAACUUUACAUAAUUUGAUGAUGGGGUAUAACAAGUUCACCUCUUUUCAAUCAGAAGACCUGCCUUUUAACGUCUCAAACCUCAGGUUACUGCAGCUAAAUUUGAACCCGCUGAGAAGGUUCAGCAUCACAAAAGACGUCUUCCCUUAUUUGCAGUCUCUCGACUUGUGCAAGUGUAGCAGCGACAUCGAGUGGGAUGUGUCGAACAAGACCUUUCUGAGGAGCCUGACCAGUUUGUCCUUUAGCGGAAAUUAUAUUAGCUUUGAGUCGUACGAAGCAAUUCUGCAGACCGCUGACUCGUUGCAAAAUCUUCAACUGUUUUUCAUGAAGGAGUGGGUAGACGAAGGCCUCAUAGACAUCGCCUGCCAAAUUCCUUCUCUGAGAACUCUUCGUGUAACGAACAGCAGAAUUGGCACUUUAGAUGAUAACCUGCUGUGGUCUUGUUCUCAGCUCACUGAACUAACUUUAUCUUCUAAUGAGCUGUCUAAGAUGUCUGAGCACUCACUCGGAUCAGUAACACAGCUCAGAGUUUUGGAGUUGGACCGCAACCAACUGUCUAAACCGCCACUGGCACUUCAAGGGCUUUCUAAACUGGAAACCCUGAACCUGGAGUCCAACUUCAUAAGUGAACUUGAUUGUCUCAACUUCAAGAAUUUGACAAGGUUAACCAUCCUUAAUCUCAACAACAAUCGCAUUUCAAAACUUAAAGGAUGUGUUUUUCAAAAUCUGAAUGACUUAAAAAUCCUAAAUAUUGGAAAAAAUGCCCUUUUUGCUUUUGUCAAUACCUUCAAAGUUAAUUUGUGGAAACUAGAAUCUUUGAAUUUGCGCAGUAAUGGUCAUUUAAAGCUUAUGCAAGGAGAAUUUAGGAAUCUGUCUUCCCUCAGUUUUUUGGAUUUAGAAUCAGACGUAUACUAUAAUGUGUAUGACGGGGCUUUCGAGGGACUUGAUGAUCUCCAAACUCUUACUCUUUCACUUUGUCGGUGUGAGAGAGAGUUUUUCAGAGGACUACCACGCUUAGAAAACCUAACGCUACAUCUUACUUAUAACUGGAACCAGAGGACUUCUCAAGAAAAUGAUGAGCCACCUUUUUCAUAUUUACCAAAAUUGAAGAAGCUUGUACUCAAAGUUUAUGACUCAAAUCAUCCUAACAUUUCACCAGAUCUGUUCAGGGGUCUGAAAUCUUUAGAGUACUUAAUGACGGACAGGUUCUUCAUGAAGGCAAUAAACCCAGACACAUUUAAAUACACUCCCCAACUGAGGAGUCUUCAGAUAAUCAACUGUGAUCUGUCACAUUUAGACCCCAAACUGUUCUGGUCAAUCCCAAACCUGCAGGCACUCGAUCUCUCCAACAAUAAAUUCAGGUCUUUAGAUUUCCUGACUCCAGCCAACCUUCAGGCGCUCAGUUGGUUGAAAAUUACUGAGAAUGAGCUGUUGAUCAUCACUGACUUUGUCUUCCAGUCCCUCCCUGCCUUGACAUAUCUGGACCUGACUGGUAACCCUUUAACAUGCGACUGCUCCAAUUCUGGCUUUAACCAGUGGGUGCUGAGCAACAACUGGACUCAGGUUGUUAAUGGUCACCAGUAUACCUGUGCCUUUCCUAUUAGAGAACAGGGACAGAAGUUCCUGGACUUUGACAUCCACGCCUGUUGGGUGGACGCUAACUUCCUCUGCUUCAUUUCCAGCACUUUUCUGGUCGUGCUUACUCUCCUUGUGUCUUUCAUCUACUACUUCCUGAGGUGGCACCUAACUUACGCCUACUACCUCUUCCUGGCCUUCCUGUAUGAUAAGAGGAGGAGGAAGGAGGGAACUCCUCCCCAGUAUGAUGCAUUUGUUUCCUAUAAUGUUCACGAUGAGGCCUGGGUCUACAGAGAGCUGCUUCCAGUGCUGGAGGGACAACAGGGCUGGAGGCUCUGUCUGCACCACAGAGACUUUGAACCAGGUAAGCCCAUCGUAGACAACAUCACAGACGCCAUCUAUGGCAGCAGGAAGACAAUCUGUGUGAUCAGCCGGCACUACCUGCAGAGCGAGUGGUGCUCCAGGGAGAUCCAGAUGGCCAGCUUCCGUCUGUUUGACGAGCAGGAGGACGUGUUGAUCCUGCUGUUCCUGGAGGACAUCCCGGCCCAGCAGCUAUCUCCGUACUUACGCAUGAGGAGUCUGGUGAAGAGAUGCACCUACCUGAGCUGGCUAAAGGCCGGACAACAUACUGGAGCGUUCUGGAUGAACAUAUGGCGAGCUCUAGAGACAUCUGAGCAAACACACCUCCUCACUGAACAACCAAGCUUCAUUUAAGUCACGUUUCCACCGCAGGAACUUUCCCCAGGAACCUUUUGAGGAACUAUGCGCUAUUCGACUGCAGGAACCAGGGUAUAAAUUUAGUUCCGGGGUAAUUGAUCGACCCCCAAAAAGGUAGCUGGUCGGGGGGUAGUACUUACUAACAUUGUCGAGUUGCCACCCGUCACAUAUAAUAUAUAUAAAUGCUGCAUCCUGUAUAGAAUAUAUACAGGACGCAAUUUUGUUCAUGUUAUGUCCUCAAAGUGCUGUGAAUAAUGUUAUGUCUUCCCAGGACUUUAGGCCGCAGUGGAAACGCAGACAUCAAUGGACCACAGGAACCUUUUAGUUUCUGAGGCGCGGCUUGAGAUUGGUUUAAUUUCAGGUCUUUGAAUUUACCUUCAAAACCAGAAAUGAGGGGAAAAAAAUGUCCAUACAGUCCUUUUUUUAAUCUGUGUCUGUGUGUUUAAAUCCCCAGACUUUAUCUACACCAACAUUACAUUGCUGUUGUAUCGCUUCAUUUUUGAUCCACUGUAAUUGCAAAUAAAAUAGGUGCUGAA